AUGAACACAAUAUGCCAAAAUUGACAUUUUGUUUUCCUUUGUGAUAAAAAGUCUAAAUAUUCAUAAUGUCUUUUUAUUUGGGUAAAAUCGGUUGAAAUAGGGAUUGUUGUUAUAAAAAUUGGUGCGUCUUUUUUUAUUAAUUUGAAAUUUGGAGCUAAAAAAUUGGAAAUGCCUGCAAUUCGUCGACGUCAUGGAUCCUAUGGGAGCAUUCAUGAUUCAGAAAGUGAGGGUGGCAGAGACGAUGUGGAUAGCCUUAACUAUGAGUUUCAAGAUGGUGAACUUUUUUUUGGUUCUGAUCAAAAAUUACCAUGGAAAACGAUAUUCUUUGUGAUGUUUUUUCUGAUUGUUGGAACGGUUUGCUUGACGACUGCAGGACUAAUUUUCACAGAAGUUAUAGAUCAAACAUAUGUUGAUCGAGCAUCUCCGUUGCUUAUUCUUGGCUCGCUAAUGAUUAUACCGGGCGGUUACUAUGGCUACAUAUUGAUGUCAAUCUUAGCAAAACGCGAAGGAUUUUCAUGGGAUGAUAUACCGGAAAUUUAGAGCCAAAGAUAAGUUGAAAUAGUUUGAACAUGACUACACUAUCGAAUAAAAUAUCAUAGUACGGAAAUUUGAAACCAAAGAUAAGAUGCCAAUUCUAACAAAAUAGCAACAUUUGAAGAUACUAUAUGCACAACACU